CAAGGCUCCGGAGGAACUCAAUGACUGCAGAUGCAAAUCGCAAACUUGGCAGAUCUCUCUUUUUUAUGGAUUUUUUGUAGUUUAUAUUCAUAAUUAGGCAGCAUAUUAGCAGUUUAAUCACCUGUGUGAUGCAAUUCCUGCUUGUUUUUCAUGUUAAAGAACUUGGUAAAACCCUCCAGCAGCCGCUACCGGAGCACCAGUGAGGAGGGAUUCUUUCUUAUUUCCCUUAUAAAGAGAAACAAACAGUAAAAGGUGGAUGUGUUGGAGAGCAGAGAGGUAGGGUCGGGUCUCUCCUCCCCUGCUCACACACCACCACCACCACCACCACCACCGCGGAUACCUGGCGAGAAGAUUUGGAUUAAGACUAAUGAACUGUGGGUAAAUAAUCUCCACGGGAGGGACCGUUCACGGGGCGAACACAGACUCAUUGUCUCGCUGUGGGAUUUUUUUUUUUUUUCUACACCUCUCUGGCUGGAGACGAUGUCUGUCCGGGGAUACUUUGUCGCUUUUUCCAAAUGCUCCGUGCUUCUUUCUCUGAGGAUUUUGCUUCUUGUGCCUGCAGGGUUGCCAGUCCGCAGCCAAGGGGAUUCUCAGUCCGACAACAAAGUGAUGGACAAUAUCACCGCCCGGCAAGGAGAGACUGUCUUUCUCAGGUGUGCACAGGGGGACGUCGUCACACACACAGCAUGGCUGAACCGCUCCAGUAUACUGUAUGCUGGAGAAGACAAAUGGUCGGUGGAUCCCCGAGUGAGUCUGGUGACCCUUAAUCAAGAGGAGUUUACCAUCAAGAUUGAAAACGUGGACAUGACAGAUGAGGGCCAGUAUGUGUGUGCAGUCCAGACGAGCAGUCGACCGAGAACCACCUCAGUGCACAUCCUCAUCCAAGUUCCACCAAAAAUCAUCAACCUGUCAAAAGACAUCGUGGUGAACGAGGGCUCCAACGUCACCCUGAUGUGCCAAGCCAGCGGGAAACCAGAGCCCGCCAUCAGCUGGAAGCUCAUCUCCCCUUCAGGAGACCUGGCGUCAGACGAUGAGUACCUGGAGAUCCCGUCUAUCUCCAGACAGCGAGCGGGGACGUAUGAAUGCACAGCCGUCAACGAUAUCGACACAGACGUCCAGACCGUCGACAUCACCGUCAACUAUGCUCCGACUGUGUCAGAGGGCAGAGAUGUCGGAGUGACUCUGGGCCAGAGAGGAGAGCUGGAGUGUGAGGCUGACGCCGUGCCCGAGGCCGAUUUUGAGUGGUAUAAAGAUGACAGAAGGAUCUUCAACGGCUUCGACGGCAUGGAGAUCGUUCAGUCUGGCUCGCUGUCCAAGCUGACGUUUUUUAACGUGUCUGACGGAGAUUAUGGUAACUACACUUGUGUCGCCGUCAACAAACUCGGGAGCUCAAACACAAGCUUCCUUCUGUAUGUGGUAAUUGAACCCACUAGCUCAACGCUAUUGCAAGGACCGAGAGCAGUUCAGGAUGGCAGUGGCGGCGCGAUGGGAGUGCACUCACACACCUGUCUCCUCUUCAUAGUGCUUCUGCCGUUCCUGCUCAGAUUUUGAAGUGGAUUUGGAAUUGAACACAAGUAUUUUGUGUGAAUGUGUGUGUGUGGGUGUGUGUGUGUGUGUGCGUAUGUGUGUGUGAAUGGGUGUGUGUGUUUUUUUUUUUUUUCCAACCGGAACCAUAAACUGAUGCACAGUGAGUGCAUGAAGUAUCCUGCUACGUAAUGUUGUUGACCCACUUAAUAAGUACGUAACAAAGGUUUUUUUUCAUUUUCUUUUGUUUUUCUUUAAGAUUUCAAGGAUGUAACAAAUGUUUCACAUUUUAAUUUAAUUAUGUCGGAAAUUUUCUCUCUAAAUUAUAUUAUUAUGGAUUAUCUCUUUUUACAUAUAUGUCUCGGAGAAGAAAAAAAAAAGAUUUUUUUAAUUGUGGUGUGUCUAAUUCAAAUGGAUUGGUCUUAAUUUUUAACCGCAUAUUGCAUAUUCAUCUCAACUCCAGAAAAAAAAAAAAAGGCAAAUUUACAGCAAGUAUGAGAGGUGAAUGUUAAAUACCUCAAAGUCAAACUAAGACAGUGAAGCAGAGGGAAUUUAGGUUACCCUGAGGCUGAAAGCCUGGUAUUAUCAUAUUUUAAUGUAUAAUAAUUAUCAUUCAGUCUGGUUGUUGAAACAGAAUUGUUUUUGACCUUCAAGUAUUUUCGUUCUCAGCAUUAUAGUGAUAUACUUGCAGUUGUGUUAUGCUAAUCUUUCAAUUUUAUUUUUUCAAUUAUGUUUAGUUUUAAAUAUUUUUCGAGAAGGGAAUAUGAAGUUGUAAUUAUUUAGGACGAAUAUCCUAGUUUUAUGUAUUUGUUGUCUUUUUUUUCUCUCUUUUUCUUUACCAGUACAGUUGUACACAGAAAUGGUGUCAAGAAUAAUUAUGUUAUAAUUAUGUAGUUAAACAUGGAGGAUGGUUUUACUCCACUUGUGUGGAGUUGAUGUCUGACUUAUAUAAUGCAAAUGUAUUAAU